UAAUGAGACAAGAAUAGCUACUGUAGAGUGGCAUUGGUUCUGUAGAGUGAUACCUUUAACCAGACCAACUUUGAUUCAUUUCACUGCUAUGGUUGCUGAGAAGAGGGGAGACACUGUAAGGCCUAAUCUUUUCACCUCUGGUUACAGCUGGUACUUGUGUCCUUUGUUCAACUCCUUGGGUUUUGGAAUCUUUGGCCUGACACAUUAUUCAUUUCUCCAUCUCUUAUAUUGUGUGAUAUGCAAGCAUCGGAUGAUACAGCUCUUUUAGAUCCUUUUUGCUGUUGAAAUCUGGGUUUUAUGAGUUCUGGCUUAUAUGGUUGUCUGCCUUCUGUCCUAAUGCCAUUUAUCCAUUUUCUUUUAUUCAUGUAUCUUGUUGUGGUGAGUGUGUUCAGUAGUGACAUUAGACUGACCGAGAUCGAAGUCAGUAGGUAGUCGUUCUUUGCUGGCUUGCCUUGAUAGAUCUAGGUUGUGUAUAAGAGGCAUUGGUAUGGAUAUGCAUGGAAAAGAUGGGUGUAACUCACUCAAGAAUGAGGAUAAUCUGGACUACAACUACUCUGGGAAUUCUUCUGAUUGGCAACAAUGCAAUCCAUCCAUAGGUUGUUUGGAUUCUGGAAAUCCUUCGGCCGCUGUUAGCCAAGGAAAUCAGAUUGGUUCCACCCCAUGCUCAUCGAUUUCCAUGGCUGACCCUUUCAGUGCUGGUCUUUGGAACCUGUCCACAGAAUCAACAAGCUUGGAUUUGUGCAAAGAUAAGUUGCAGGGGAGCAGCAAUCAAAUCACCGGGAAUUCGAUGUCGGUCGGAGGAACUCUAUUACAAACUGGUUCUGGAGUUCUUCACCAAAGUCUAUCACAUUUCCCAUCCGAUUCAGCUUUCAUCGAGAGGGCUGCAAGGUUUUCAUGCUUCGGUGGUAGUGAUUUAGGUGGCUUGAUGAAUCCUUAUAGCGCAGCUCAAUCACAAAGUCCUCAUUCUAAUGCUUCAAGAGAGAGCUCCGGAGCUCAGAUUCAGAAGAAUGAAAUCAACAUGAUGGAAGCUGUCAGGGGUGGCUCAUUGUCUACCACUGACCAUGGAUCAAAGGAAAAGGAUAAUUCACAUGCAGCUGGGAAUUCUUCUUCCACACUGCCUGCCGCUAUGAAACGGAAAAGACCCAGUGAGGACAUGGCAUUAGAUCAAGCAAAGGUGGCCUCACAGAUAUCUGGUGAAAUGGAUGAUGACAAUAUGGAACUCGAAAAGAAAGCCGAGCACAACAGUUCAACUGCUGCAACUUCCAAGCCCGGAGGGAAGCAGGUCAAAGAUAGCAAUGAAUCGUCGAAGGAAGAUUUCAUCCACAUCAGAGCAAGGCGUGGCCAGGCAACAAACAGCCAUAGCCUUGCAGAAAGAGUGAGAAGGGAAAAGAUCAACGAGCGAAUGAAGCUUCUUCAAGAUCUUGUUCCUGGUUGCAGCAAGGUCACGGGAAAGGCAAUGAUGCUUGACGAGAUCAUCAACUAUGUUCAGUCACUACAACAGCAGGUUGAGUUUCUGUCAAUGAAGCUUGCAGCUAUUAAUCCGAGGCUGGAUAUCGACAUCGAGGCUGUACUUUCGAAAUAUCUGCUUCAGACCUGCAACGGCCCCUCAGCUGCCAUGGGUUCCUCAUCAGGCAUUGUUCGUCCUCCUCCAUUACAUCCAUCUCAACAGGGUCUGGCUCAAGCUGGGUUAUCAGGCAAUGUAAAUCUGCCUGAUCUAUUUAGAAGAUCGAUAAAUGCUCAAAUGACUGCACCACAGGGAUACAAAGAACCAAAAAUGCAGGUUCCUAAUGCAUGGGAUGAAGAGCUCCACAAUGUUAUGCAAAUGGCAUACAAUGGCACUGUCAAUCUCAAUACUCACAGAGUUCAACAGUAAACCUCAACAUGUGCAUGCAGUAUCCGAUCAUGAUUCUGCAGUUGUUGCUGACUGAACUGAGAGUUGCAAAGGCUCCAACAAAAACUUCACUAUUGCCUUUGAACAUCUUGUGCUUAUUGGUUUUCGGGUUCGAUCUUCUGCUAGAAAAUUAUGAAAGAUUAAGGGGAAGAUGCAGGCUGCACACUCAUCUGGAAAACCAUAUUUCUCACUGAAUAAAUCUGAAUCCUGAAGUGGUUUUGGUUGCCUGUUGUGUAAAGCAAUUUGAGAGUUUCCUCUCCAAUCUUCAAUUGCAUUCUCAGCUGAAUAUGUUGUACUCUGCCAAUUAAAUUUAAGAAAUAGCAUAAUUA